AUGGACGCUAUAAAUAUACCGCAGUUUUUUGUGGAUAAAACCAUUUUUAUUACUGGAGGAAGUGGUUUUAUGGGAAAAUGUAUAAUCGAGAAGCUGCUUAGAUCUUGCCCUGACUUGGAGGCAAUUUAUCUGCUGAUUCGGCCUAAACGGGGAAAGACGGCCGCAAACAGGGUUCAGGAAAUUUUAGAAAACAAGUUAUUCGACGUGGUGAGAAACACAACCCCUUCAGCCUUCGAGAAAGUUUUCGCCGUCACCGGCGACGUCACAUCCCUCCAACUCGGCCUCAACGACCAGGACAAAAAACUAGUACUAACUUCCCACGUCGUCUUCCACGCCGCCGCCAGUGUAAGGUUCGACGAUCCUUUGAAAAAAGCAAUCCUCAUGAACACUCGAGGAACUCGAGAAAUGAUGGAACUGAUGUUGCAGAUGCCCAAUUUGGUGGUUGGUGUCCAUGUGUCAACCACAUAUUGCAACACCGACAAAGAUGUCAUCGAAGAAAAAGUUUACAGGGACCAUGGAGAUUGGAAAGAGGCCAUCAGAUUGGCGGAACAGUACCAGGAUGAAUAUAAAUUGGAUAUCUUGACCAACAAGUACAUUGGGGAUUUGCAUAAUACGUACUUGCUGACGAAGCAUUUGGCAGAAAACGUUGUGGAUGAUUAUAGUCACAGGUUGCCUCUGGUUUUGUUCAGACCAGGAAUAGUGAUUUCCACGUGGAAAGAUCCGAUACCAGGCUGGAACGACAACUACAAUGGGCCUAUUGGAAUUUGUUUAGGAGUCGGAAAAGGUAUCCUCCGAACUAUCUAUACAAGAAACGAUAACAUCCUAGACUACAUGCCCGUGGACGUCAUCACCAAGGCGAUGCUGGUCGCACUGUGGUGCAAAGCAGUCCAACCAGAGACGUCACUCCGACUGCCCGUCUACAAUUGCUCCGUGCAAGAAAGGGUUUUCGUGACCCAACGCCAGAUGAUAGAUGCCGGUUUGGCGGUUGUCAAGGCGAGACCUUUGCCUAAUGCCAUAUUUCACCCCAAGACAGAAGCCGUCGAGAGUAUGAUCGAAUUCAGGAUAAAGUUCAUUUUGUUCAACCUGAUUCCCGGAUUAUUUGUGGACCUGCUGCUCCGACUCGCAGGACGUAGACCAAUAUUGGCCCGAAUAAACCGCAAAAUCUACUUGGUAAUGACCGCCCUGGGCCACUUCGCCCUCAACACUUGGAACUUCAAAAACGAGAACUUCUGGAACCUGGCCUAUAAAGUGGAACCGAUCGACAAGGAAGCCUUCUGGUUCACCCUGGAGCACUUCGACAUGUACGAAUAUUACAUGAAUGCUGUUAUCGGCAUAAACAGAUAUGUCGUCAAGGAGAAGGACGAUGUUCAGGAAAAUAUUAAGCAGUACAAGAGUUACAAGGAAGAAACAAUAAAAUGUGAAAAAUUUAUAGAUCUUGUUGCAGACCUCUUUAGUGAUAUUAUUGAAGAAGCUAAAUUAGUUAAAGGUGUAUAUGUACAAGAACUGGAAAAAGAAAAAUUCAGACAAACAGAGUUGGAGAAGAUACGCAAAGAUCUCAUAAGGAUAUUCGAUGAGCUUGAAAUAAAGCCAUCGUUAGAUUUUGAAGCUGAUCUGAGCGACUCGGAAAUGGAAAUUACAGAUACUGAUUAUGUGGAAAAACUUGAAAGAUCGAAAAAUAUUGUUUUAGAAUUGCGUGAAAGCCUUAGUCCAUUAUGGGAGCGCUUAGAAGAUGAUCUUAAUGUACGCAAUGAGUUUCUUCUAAAAUACUCUGAACAUGAAAGUAAAACUGUAUCGGCUCUGAGAGAAUCAUAA